AUGUUGCUGGCAAGGGCAGGCGAGGUGAGAUUGCCGGAGAUGAAGGACUCCAUCGGCUGGGUGACGCUGGAAAGCAUUGGACGGUGGGGCGGGGCUAGAUGGAGGGCUGGCCUGCUCCCACCAACACAAAGCACCACCAUUGGCCAUCACCUCCCCCGUCAUUGUCUCAUAUUCGCAGUGAACCACCACCUCCGCUUUUUCGUCUUCGGUGACGUGAUUCCGUCGAUUCUCUUUUGUGUUUUUUGCUUAGAUCUAUUUAGAUCUGAAUGCCUCUAUUUCCUCAUCUCUAGUGGUAUUCUUAAUCUAGAUCUGACCACUUGGCCAAAGCACACCCAGCUCCACCGAGUUCAUCCCUUAAACAACGAGAUCUUGUUGUCUGACGGAGUGAAGAUUCGCAAGGAUAACAGUUUCCCGUGGCACAUUUUAAAGAAUGAAAAAAACCUUGCGCUCACUCACAAAAAUGAAAGGAAUGAUUUGUCCAAAAAAUUUAAAACCUCUGCUUUUAUCCGCAAAAUCUUAAAAAGGGAAAAAAGCCCUCGCUCAAAUGAAAAUCGGAAGCUCCCUGAUCAAUUGCUCUCCAUCUCUGUCUUCUCGAUUCUACAUAUCAUCAUCCCUAAACGCAUUCCAUUAUCUUCUGCAUUUCUCAAAAGGGACGACCACAAUGGAGGGAGGAUGAAGCAAGAUUAUGUUAUAGAGGUGGUUGUCAGGGAGGCGGUUGUGAACGGAGUGACAAUGAUUAUGGCCAUGACCAUCAAUCGAUGA